GUUGCCGUCGUCGUCGUGGUUUGCUUAAGCUCCCUAUUCAAAGGAACUGCUGCAGGGCUGACCGAAAACAUGUUUUCAUCACAUGCAAAUUUGUAUCACCGAACCUUUCCAAAAAAUGUACGAAUAAUCCUUUGAUGUUUUACUGUUCAUCUAUAUCUACAUUUGAUUUUGUCGGUAAAGUCGUUAGACAUCACACCAACGUUAGCUUUCUUUUAAUUUUCUACAGAUUUAUUUUACUUUUACCAGCAUGGGGUUGCUUAGUUUUCGAGUUACAUUUCACUUGAAUGGUUUUGUGUCAUCCUGUCCCGGGGUGUGGUUUUGACUGCAUGAAUACUGUAUCUCUUCGAGCUUCAGUGAACAAAAUCACUUAACUCCUAUUGAAUGUUUCAAGUCGUAGUGGUCGGAAUACUCCAGAAUGAACUGUUGUUGACAUCAGCCGAAGUGAGUGUACAUGUAUACUAAAGAAGAGUAGCAAAUUACCAUAAAUUUUGUCUCCUUAAAAACUGAAAGGCCGAGGGGGUGAACCACAAUGUCAACAAAUUCCUAGCUAUGUGGUCCGCGGCGUUCGUCAUUUUUCGCGCGCAAGCGAGCGAUGUUUCAGUGGCGCCAUGGCACCUGCCGCCGCGUGCGUCAAACGGCGGGAAAAUGACGCGUUUCCGUGUGUCGUGUGUCAUGUUUGCCCACUCUGCAUUUUUCUCCCCUUAAACUGGAAAGGAAGCGGUAAAAGAACAUUUUCUUUAAGUAUCAAGCGGUACAGGAAGACUUUUUGCCCGGGUGUAAACCACAAAGGUCUGCUCACCGACAAACCACAUUAGAGUGAAUUUGUGAGAGUGUCGUACGACUUAGCACGGAUUAAUGUGAUAUCACAGCAAGACUUUCAAAUAAAGUAGAGCUCCAAGCGAUGCGUUUACCGUUGCAACGUGAUUAAAACGAGAAGCAUAGCAAAACGCGUAGACCGAAUAUCAGUCCGAAGUCUGCUGGCUGGUGUUUGAUCAAAAUGGUGCGAAAAAGGCGGCAAGAAUGCUCCAACUCCGUUUGUUCCAAAAGAAACACUUUUAUUUGUUAGCCAGAGUCGUACAAUACAAGAAAUCCGUGGCACAAUCGCUUUGUGAUCAAAGCCGAUGCACACACAAAAGAGAACAUUCAGUCGCUGUAAACUUGUUUACAAUGAGAUCAAACGCUGAGGGCAAAGCUUUUGUAGUCUCUUUGUUUUCAGCGGUAGUUGUCAUAGCAACCAAAAUCCUUUUGUUUCGGGAGGCACAAGUUCAAUUAGCGCGAGUGCCGUGAUUGGUCAAUUGGGCACGAGAGAAAGAGAUACUGAUAAUUAUUUAAUUAAGAUCGAAAUGCGUGGGACGAGACUUCAAAUGACGUAUUUUUAAUACUCUCGCGACCGUUUGCGUUAAUAAUUUAUGAACCGAUUCACUAAUCGUCAACAGAGUCGCAACAGGGCAUAACAUCCUUUGUCUUCGGCUGCGAACCUAAUUUAAAUUAUUCACCUGGGUUGAUGACUCAAGAUGCUUUCACACAAAUAGUCCAGCUAAGAUAUUUCCCCUCUCCUUCGCCUGUACUCUCGUUCACUGCAUUUCUGGGCAAAAGGUUUUAAAGUUCCCUGUGGUACUUUAUCUUGAGUACCAAGCUCUCCACAGGAAGUAUAAACAGCCCGCACGGGUCGAAUUUUACAGUUACAAACCACAGAGCGAGGUUAAUCAGAAUGCCGAGUACAAGAAAUAGAAGCCGACUUACUGAUCAAUCAAGCAACAAGUUUGCCGCAAGUGAUUUCGAGAAGAAAGCCCUGGCACCCCGGGUGAAAAGAUGUAAACUUAAAGCGAAGAAAGCGCAAAACAACAAGAAAAUCAGUGAACAAUUUGACGACGAAGACGAAGGCGUCGAGUUUAUAAUGAAAGAGAGCAAGUCGAGAAUAUCCCAUGGAAAUUCAGCUGCUCCGAAAACGAAGAAGGAACAGCUCACGGAAACAUUAUUGUGGCUUGAAGAGAAUUAUGUGAUGUGUGAAGGUGUGUGUCUUCCUCGCUGUAUUCUUUACGCUCAUUACCUGGAUUUCUGUCGAAGGCACAACGUUGAUGCCGCCUGUGCCGCCACGUUCGGGAAGACGAUACGACUGAAAUUUCCUCAACUAACAACUAGAAGACUUGGGACUCGCGGCCAUUCAAAAUAUCACUAUUACGGAAUUGGCAUCAAGGAAUCGUCGGCUUAUUAUCAUUCAGUGUACUCAGGCAAAGGUUUAACAAGAUUUUCUGGUUCAAAAGUAAAGAAUGAGGGUUCAUUUUCAAUUCGGAAAUAUUCACUCAGCUCCAAAACUGGAACAUUAUUACCCGAUUUUCCAAAUCCAAGAUUACUGGAGCUACCGGAAGACAUUUCUCUUGAAAAGGUUGAAACGUUCGUGGUGAUGUACAAGACUCACUGUCAGUGCAUACUGGAUACUGCCAUCAACGCUAAUUUUGACGAGAUAAAAAAUUUCCUCCUUCACUUUUGGCAAGGAAUGCCAGAUCAUCUUUUACCGCUGAUGAACACGGAAGUUGUUGCUGAUGUAGUUUGUGUGUGUGAUUCAAUUCUCUACAAGGUUUUAAUGGAUGUUCUUGUGCCGUCCACGAUGCAAGAUGUUCCGGAGGGACUUCUCGCUGAUAUCAGGACGUUUGCGAGACAUCUGGAGUCCUGGGUACUAGCUGCAACAGUUGAGCUGCCAGAUUAUCUUAAAAUGGGAAAAAUUCAAGCUGUGAGACGUUUUGUUCAGUCACUGAGAAGGCAAACAUCUUUCUUACAUCUUGCACAGACUUCACGUCCCGUUUUAGCGAACCAAGAAGUUGUUGAUCACAUGGUGAAAGAUAUCGAGAAACUCGAUAACGGAGGCACAGGGAGACCAGCACUGUGUACAAAAACUGAAAAAGACUGCGAGGAUGGAUUUGACAAUGAAUUUCUUCAAGAUUUUGUGGAUCUUUUGCGGGAACAGGCGCCUUUGGAGUCGUACGUAGAAUGGCUAGACAGACUGGUCGAGACGAAAAUCAUAAGGCCCUGCGAGGGAACUGGUGACGACUUUAAGAGUAGAGCCCAGGAAUUCCUUUUAAGAUGGUCAUUCUUGGGAGCGAGGCUAAUGCACAACUUGACCCUCAACGCCUCGUCAUACUUUGGUUCAUUCCACCUCAUCAGAAUGCUUCUCGAUGAAUACAUGUUGCUCGUCAUCGAAACAAAAUUCUAUAACGAGACCGAAGAGAAGCUACAGGAAAUGUUGGAUAGACACUUGAAAAUGGGCGAAGGAGUCGACAAAGAUAACUCUCCUCUUCGCGUGCAGACUGUUGUCACAAAAACCAAGUUUACCGUUCCCGACAGCGUUGUUCUAAACGGUGGCAAAUUGCCUCCCAAAGUGGAAAUCAUAGAGCCUGAAUACACCGGCAAACCGUCCAAUCGCAACAAGCGAACAAAGUCACGUGACCAGUUAAACGGCCUGAAACCGAGACCCAAGAAACUCUCAACUCAUCGCCUGAGCGCAUGCUCUAUGAUAAGUGAACCGAUGUCCCCAGCAAUGAACGGGUUCCCGCCAACACCGUUGGAGUCGUCCGCCUUCAUUAUGCCUUCCCCUAAGGAGAAUUUCUUCCCUGGUCACAAUGGAAUGCCUCAAGCGCCCGUGCUCACGCCUCCCGUUUCGCCAGCGGUGUCAACAGGGUUACCUAGGAACGCAUUGGGAAGCAGCAACUUCUCUCAAGUGACGUACACAGCUCUGGGUGAGAAGAAGCAACCAUGGGGAUACCCCAUAAAUGGCGAAGUAAACCCUUCAUCUGAGGUGAUUGACAGCUUAGUAGCGCAACACUUCAACAGCUGUGGACUGGGAGGAUUCGUGGCGCCAACUCGGUACCAGGCUCCAGCGACCAGCGAGAGUUGUUUCAUGAACAACGGCUAUGCCCGCAACCCGGAGUACGUCCAAAAUGGCGCGGCUCAUACAGCUGGUGGUCAUGGUCCCCUACCGUAUCACCCCAUGAUGACCUCUGCGAACACACCCUACCCGCACGUAACGCAAGCCUACUACAUGCCUGUAACGCAACCUCCGUCACGCACCCACAUUGAGCACGUGACCACUAGCGUAGAAGUCCCGAUGAUGGCUUGUAACAUAGUUUACUCCGAGGCAUCAGGAAUGUUGGAUGAGGGGGUGGGGGUCGGGGAUCACGCAGACGAAAACGAUGAGUACAUCAACAUGACUGUUCAUAAGCUUUUUAACGGGGACUGUGAGUUGGAAAAAAUGGACUGCGUUGAUGAACCAGGAAUUCUUCCCUCCAUAAAUUCACUUCUUACAGAAGCAGCCAUAUAGAUCGCAUAUGAGAAAGUAGUUUAUUACAAAUGUACAGAGAGAUUCAGAAAAUAUUUUUGCGACUUGUUCAAUUUAUAUAAAUUUUUAAUAUGAUACUUUCUGGUAACUUUGGUUAGCUGGUUUUUCUUACGUUUUAGAAGAAACAAAUAACACGGGAAAAAUAAAUUGCUAAUCCAUAGAAAUGUAUUUUUGAAAACAACGAAAUUACUUCUGUUUAUGUUAAAAUUAAGAAAUACAAAGAACAAUUUGUCCUUUUUGUACAGAAAGGAAGAGCUUGCCUCUCAUACCAAGAAUUAACGUAAUCACUUUAAAAUUCCGUUUGCGCUUGAUUCUUCUCCGUCUCUGAAACUUCUGGGAAUUGAUGUCCGCACGUGAGGGAAGCCUGACAUUCAAAUAGGAAUGAUGACGUGGUCAACGGAGGUCCGUGAGGUGCUCUGAUUGGUUGGUUAGUUCUGUAUCAACCAAUCAAUUUUUCGUGUUGAAUGUCAGACGUGUUGCGCGCGAGGAGAGGCAUGUGUUUACUUCUCGUUAACUUUCUUGGGUGACUGUCUGCACAAACAAGGACAAAACGGUUUUCUAUUUCCAUUAGGAAAUAAUAUAAGACACCCAUAGGAGUACGUUUCAGCGUUUUCACAGAGUUAUAGAAACAGGCCUUAAUCUGUUCAACUGUGUGUAAUCGGGCUCUCGCUGGUUUUGUUCCUUAUGUCGAAAAUGAGAAAGAAAUUUGUUUUAUUUAGCCACCAAACAGAUUCGCAGGAAAAUAGUUAUUCGUCGAUUUUUAUCACUGAUACAAUAAACAGCGCUCGAAAUGUCAAAUAAGAUGAAAUUGCUCUCCCGAUUUCCCCAUACUCGCUAAAUUGCUUUCCACUCAAUUGUGAAAACCACACCACUGCUAAUCUGGGGCUUGUGAGUUCGCAUUUUCACAUCUACGUCAUGGCUAAUUCGGCAUAGUUGUUUAAGACGCAAAUAUGCUCAUUUCCAUGUGUCGAUUUUGAUUUAUAUAGUUACAUAUGUCAUGUUGAUAAUUGAUAAUAAGUAUUAAUUAAUUCUAAAAGAGGACCGAAUGAAAAUGAUUAAAUUAAUUAGAAGGAUCUACUCAUCGUCUUGGUACAAUACACAUUCUGUAAAAUAGAAAAUACAAUGAAACGAUAUAUUUUCAUAAUGUAGCAGGUUUAACGUUGUAAAUAUUUGAACAUUUUAUAUAUGGCUGUUUUGUUGAUAAACAUGUUUUUGUACGCGAAGUUUAGGCUAAAUGAAGUUCUAUUUUGUAGACGAAGAAAUCAAGAAAUAUAUUGUUAAUAAAAUUGAAACUUAUUGAUUGGA